CUUCAGUCUCGGUGUGUGAGGAAAGAAUUGACAAAAUCAUUUAUCGGAUUGAAAGGAGUCUUUCUGCCUUCCUAUAGGAAGAAGGAGAAUUACUCGAAAUACGGUAGUAAAGAGUCGUAGAGAGUAUAGUAAAUAGUAAAAGAUAGUGAAAUUGUAAAAAAAAUCGGCUUCUACGUAAACGACUAUUAGCUGGUGUUUAUGAAUGAAAAAUUAGCCAUUAGAUUUUUGUGUGAUCAAAUGAGUUGCAUACGUUGAAACAUCCAAAGGCAGCCGGCUAUUAUGGACUAUCCGGCUUUUAGUCAGACCAACGAAAAUACAGUGUAAAUUUCAAAAAAAGAAGAAAAAAGUUACAAGUGAUGUGAAAAUUUUCACAAAGGUAGAGAGAGGGUGGACAUAUCGUGUAAAUUGAAUGUUACAAAAGUAUUGAGUCUUUAUUUCUGGAAUGUACUUACACAUCAUUUAUAAACACAACUCCUCUAAUACAGCACCAUAAUGCUGGUCGCAACACCAGGGCAAACAGCGACGUAUUCUCUACUCGGCAGUAGUGCGCCCAAGAAGACAACAACGACAUGUCUACUUAACACAUCUGCAACACCAAAGAGCACCAUCAACAACUCAACUGCAACGACUACUAACAGCAACAAUAGCACUAACACGGCCGCCACGCUAAUGAAAACAAUCCAAGUACGACUCAAUCGUGGCACUGAAUUUUUAAAAGAUACUGUGCAAAAAGCACUUAUCAGUAAUACCACCAAUCCUAAUAAGACAUCCACCAAUACAUCAAGCAUUAGCUUUCGCACCAACAACAACAACAACAAAAUUAACAGUAUAAACUCUGUUGUUGGCACUUUAAAACAUAUUCAUGCAUCAUCAGUUGUCGCUGCAGUUCCAGCAAAACCGACUUUAGUCAGUAAGUCCACAUAUACUACAGAUUUAGCUACAGCUCCCUCAACAUCAAGUGGUGCAAUUGUGAAGACGUCAAUUGCAGCCAGCACAUCUAAAUUACUUAAGCUGAAUACCGUCCCACCCACCAAAAUACAUCGCUACCCACAAGAGCGCCAAGAAACAAGCAGCACGGACAGUAUCAACAAAGAGAUGUGCCAUUUUAAGCCAAUUUUGCCAGCACCAACAUUGCGUUGGAAAAGUGGCAGCAAGUCGCGAGGCGGUGCAACUAUAAAAAUUCCCUUAGCAUGUUUAGCGACGAAUAUUAAGAACUUGAACUGUGAUGAUUGUUCGAAGUUGGUUGCAGAUAGCAGUGAAGGAGAGCAAGAUAUAAGCGAAGACGAAGCAAUGGGGGUGGAGCAUACAAAACAUCCGUUCAAAUAUCAUCUUUUCAAGCCAAAUCCAAGUUCUACCUUAUUGAGUACGAUCAUAACUGCACCAUCGCAUCAAUCUGCAUUCGUUCGUCUGGUCGCACAAAUGAAGACUAUGGUCAAUACACAUCAAACACCGUGUGAAAAACCACACAAUAAAUUUGUUAAAAAGAAGGACCACUAUAAGACACGAUACACGACACGUCGUGGUCGUUCUACCAAUGCGGCGCUAUCUUUGAAAAUGCAACAAUUGCGCAAAUCUCCAAUUAGUUUGCCAUUGACACAACUUUUAUUACGCAGUCGUAAACCGUCAUUUGUGCAAGUUAAUAAACUAAAUUUACCCACUGAGCUGAUUAUGAAGAAAGGUCGAACAGCCACCGCAAAAGCUAAUUCCAUAACUACCAGCAAGUCAACUAAUGCGUCUAAAGACAAAAAAAGAACGACUGCUCUUUGCGUACAAGUUGGCACCAAGAAAGGCAAACGUAAUACCUCCAAAUCAAAUGUAAUUAAUAUUGUAGCGUUUGCGCAAGACAAAAACGCUACACAAAAUGUUAAGAGGAGCCUUCAAAUGAGCAAAAGUAAAGUUACUACUAAUGCUGAUGAAAGCCCUGCUGCAGAAACAAAAUACCAACAACGUAAACGGAAACAUGCUGAUGAAGUAUAUGCGGCAAAUGAAGUUGUUGGAUCGGAAGUAAAUGAAUUGAGAAAAACUAGUUCGACCGAGGCGAACGUUAUGCCACCAUUACGCAAAAGUGCUAGACUUUCAAAAGAUGGCAAUAACGAACUUUUGACAAUUGGCACUGUUAAAGGUAUUACGCUUAGGAAACGUAAUACACGUUAUACCCAACAACGUUCAGCCGAUACCUUUUCGCCGCCAAUGACACGCUCACGUCUGAAAGAACUGAUGCAAAAGCAAUGUAGUCCCUUUGUGAUGGACGGCACCUCACAGCUUAUUGCCUAGGUCAUGUAAAGUGGCAAAACAAAAACAAAAACCAACAAGAGUUUAGUAUAGAAUAUUUUUUUGUGUCUAUUGUGCAUUGUAUUUGAUUAUACUACUGCUGUGUUAAGGACUGGAGAUAUGAGUAAAGCCUAAACAGCGCAUUACUGAAACCCGAUCGCAAAGGUAUGCCAGUAAUUAAGAGCUAUUAUUGCUUAUUCAUGCGUCUAAAUUGUAAUGUAUUCAAAUGAUUGAUUUCUUUUUCUCCUUUUUUAAACGUGAUCUAAAAUGUUUUUUGCUAAAUCUGUAAAUAGGACAGUUAGCUCACUGAUCCUUACUGGGCCCCAAUGUGAUAGUGGAUAAACACUAUAAUGUACUACAAUUUGUAGUAAAAAAUUAUGCACUACUAUUUUUUAUAUUAUCUGUAAUAAAUCAAAAAUGAAUCUCUUAA